CUUAUUUUAGUCACACUAUUUUCUAUUAAAAUCCUCCCCAUCGUUCAUACGUUGUCUCUUUGUGUCCUGCAGAUGCUUCUGUUCUUAGUGGCUGUGAUCACGGCGGCUCUGAACGGGCAGUGGAUCGGUCCGGCUGCCACGGAGGUGAUGUUCCAGAUGCGGGCGGUGGAGGAGGAGCACGGCCUGGGGAACCAGGUCGGGCUGGGCAGCCAGAAGGAGGAGUACGCUAAACUCAGGGAGAAGGACCCCAAGUACAAAGCCUUCAAACGCACCUUCGGGAAAUACCACGGGAUGUCCAUGCUCUGCAACCUGAUUGGGUUCCUCUGCACCACCAGCAACCUGAUCUACACCGCGCUCAACCUGUCCACCAUUUAGAGAACAGUAGAUCCACCAUGGACUUUUGUAUGGUUCAAAAUAGCCAAACAUUAAAGUGUAAAGACAUCAUGUUCAUGUAGUUGCAUAGAAUAUUUGAUUACUUGCUGUUCUGAGUGUGGGAGGAUGGGUUCUUUGCCAUUGAGUUGCAAAAAAAUACACUAUUGUUGAUGACUUCAAAAUGGGUCCAGCUGCGGAGCUCCAUGCUGGGGCCCACCUCCUCUGUAGGACCAUUAUGUUAGCUUAAAAAAAACACUCUGAUAUGAUAGCAUUCAUUCACUAUUUUAAAUAAGCAACAACCAAUAACACCAAGAUAAAAUAUAAAACCUUAAGGUUUUCAUUUACCUAACGUAUAAAGUUAGGUACAUUUAACGCUAAGCAGCAAAAGACUAUCCUUAAGUUUGCAAACACUAGCUAACUAUUAUUGUCGUAAGCAAACUACCAUUAACGCUAGUUGAAGUUAUUCAUUUGCAUUAAGCUUUGGAUAUACUUUUUUGUUCUAAGGUUAACAUUACCUGGCUCACGACAUUAGCUGAAAUGAGCGUUUGCCAAUAAACAUAAUUUAGGUAACGUUAACGUUUUUAUGCUACAGUUGUAUCGUAAAUAUUCAAGGUGUAUUGUUUACUUUGGUGUUAUUGGUGGAGGUUGCGCGGCAUAAAGGAGGUAUAAUUCAUUAAAUACACACACUCACUUAUUCAUUAACAUUAAAAUCAAUAAAACAAACAAUAAGCAUUUUACCAAAUAGGCACAUAAACGUUAUUGUGUAAAUGUGCAUGAUUUCACCUUAGCACAGAACUCAAUAAAGGAGGGUUUGAGGCUGGAGUUCAA